UUUUAGGACAAGUCGAAUCUUACCAACUCACCAAAAUCUCUCACUUUUGCGCUACUCUUCUCAAACUGGUUAAAGGAGUUUGGAAUCAUUUCCAUCAACGUAAUAAAGGUGUCAAGAUGAUCGACCACGCGUCCAAGGCCGAGAAUAAGACCGACAUGGCCGAGCAAAAUGAUGCCAUCACCGUCAAGAUUCCGCCCCCUACCAGCGCAGAUGACGCCUCACUCGUCGCUACUAUAGCCGAUAUCGUCAAUACCGUCUAUACCGACGCUGAACAGGACAUUUUCCUGCCUUCAUACCAGCGCACUUCCUCGGCAGAAGUGGCUCAAUUCUUCCGCAACGGCCAACUCGCGGUGGCUUACCUCAACAGCACCAGCGAACCCGUCGGUUGCAUCUUCAUCAAGCUGCUGACGCCUGACCGUGGGGAGUUUGGCAUGCUGGCACUCGAUGCCCAGCACAGAGGGACGGGACUGGGUCGGCAGAUGGCUCUGUUCGCCGAGGACGAAUGCCGCAGACGUGGAUGCACAAUUAUGCAGCUUGAGCUGCUCGUACCCACCACCUUCCAGCACGCGGGCAAGGAAAGAUUACAGGCGUGGUAUCUGAGGAUGGGUUAUAAAGUCGUCAAGCUGGGGAGUUUUGACGACGACUACCCACAAUUGGCCAAGAUCCUCGCAGGGCCGACUGUUUACAAAAUCUUCGAGAAAAGCCUCGUCUAGUUUCGUUUCCUGGAUGAAGAAGACCCACAGAUAUGUUGUCAAAAUAGAGUCCCGGUGUUAAACCACGUGGGUUGACGGAAGGCAUCCGGGCCACUCCCAGAGGCGUAUCCGAGCUAUUUGGGGUUGAUGGGAUUGAAAUAGUUUGGCGGCGUCAUGGGGCAACCUGGGAGGAACCUAGUCCAAUACAGAAGAGAUCAUAGGCUAUCAAUGAGGGACAAUCUCCCAGUUGCACCGGAGAUCGAGUAAAAACGUCGCAUGAGAUGUCGCCAGUUGCCCUACAGACCCGCAAC